CCAUUUCUGCAUACAAAAGGUUUCGAGAAUUGAGAGGAAGAAUCAGAGAGAGAUGGUGAAAAUCUCGGUUGGUGGAUACGACGAUGGGGAAGGACCCAGCAACCGCAACCAGAAGCGACGCAGGGAAGAGGAAGAAGAAGAAGACCACCAACCGCAACAAAGCUUUGAAAUCGUAGACCACCCUUCAAUUGCAACACAAGAACACGAAGAUCACCCUGCUCCACCCAAUGAUGGUGGAUCCAACGCUAACACAAACGCCUCUGCAGCAACUAAUGGCAGGGAUAGGUCCAUUCCCAUCUUCGUUUCCGACCCUGAUGUCCUCGAUUGCUGCAUUUGCUAUGAACCCUUGAAUGCCCCUGUCUUCCAGUGUGAGAAUGGACAUAUUGCUUGCUCUAGUUGCUGUGUUAGACUCAGGAACAAGUGUCCCAUGUGUUUAAUGCCUAUUGGAUAUAACCGUUGCCGAGCUAUUGAGAAGGUGCUGGACUCUAUCAAAAUGUCAUGCCCGAAUGCAAAUUAUGGCUGCAAAGAGACAUUUAGUUACAGCAGGAAAAACGACCACGAGAAGGAAUGCAUCUAUCUACCAUGUUUAUGCCCACUUGCAGGUUGCGAUUUUGUUGCCUCAUCCAAGGAGUUAUUCCUUCACUUCAGCCAUAGACAUGUGGGCUUUGGAACACAGUUUCAAUAUGAUAAGUUUUUCACUGUCAUCUUAAGUACCGACCAAAAAACAACUGUUCUUCAAGAGAAAAAUGAUGCUAAUCUGUUUGUUGUUCACAAUAACCAUGAGCAUCUUGGGAAUGUAGUUCGCAUUAGUUGCAUUGGCCCCAAGUCCAUGGCAGAGUUUCAGUAUGAAGUUUUGGCUAGGUUUCGAGGAAGCACUCUAAUAUUGCAAUCUUUUGCCAAGAUCACUCAAGGCCAAUUUGCUGAUGCUCCUCCAAAUGCGUUCCUUUUGAUUCCGUCUGGUUUUUUUGGCUCUCGGCCACUGAAAUUGGAUAUUCGCAUAAAGUCACAACAUUAACCUUGAAAUGGAGAUUGAAGCAGGCUGUAUUUUCUCUCUAUGUACUGUGUAUUAUGGUCUAUUUCUGUAUGUAUACUCUUUGUUUAGAGUUUAGCAUGUCAAAUAGUUUAUUCUAUGUAGCACAGUUGACUUCUGUGAAGAAUGUUGCAGUCAUUAAGUAGGAAACUAAAGAACUGUUUUAUGGAUGCACCUUCUGUAAAUAUGAAGUAUGCCUAAAACAUAUUAUUACAUAUGAAUUCUGUCCGUGUCUCUUGAAAUACACAUAAUUUUUGUGU